GGGAAACCGGAGCACCUGGAGGAAACCCACGCGAAUGCAGGGAGAACAUGCAAACUCCACACAGAAACACCAACUGACCCAGCCGAGGCUCGAACCAGCAACCUUCUUACUACACACCGUCAUGUCUAAACCACAGGAGAACACAUGCGAAGAGAAGGCAAAUGCAUGUUUUACCUGCACUGAGUGUGGGAAGAGUCUGUCGUGCAAAAAGACUUUCAAGUAUCACAUGAUGAUACACACCGGCGAGAGUCCAUACACAUGCACUGAGUGCGGGAUGGGUUUCAAACAAUUACACAACCUUAAUCGACACAUGCGGAUCCACACCGGAGAGAGACCGUACAUGUGUACUCAGUGUGGGACGAGCUUCAGACAGUUAUACCUCCUUAAUCGACACAUGAUGAUCCACACUGGAGAGAGGCCGCACAAAUGUGAUGAAUGCGGCAAAACGUUUUUGAGUGCUGCGCAUCUGAAGGACCACCUUAGGGUUCAUACAAAGGAGAAGCCUUAUUCUUGUUCUGAGUGUGGGAAGAGCUUUACACGACAGACACAUUUAAGACGACACGAGAAGAUCCACACUGGAGUGAAAAAGUAUAAGUGCUUUGAGUGUAAUAAGGCUUUUAUAACAGGCGAAGACUUGAAAAGACACCUGAUGAUUCACACUGGAGAGAAGCCGUACAGCUGUACCGAGUGUGGGAGGAGUUUCAGAGGAGCACCACACCUGAAAAAACACAUGAAGAUCCACACUAGAGAGAAACGACCCAAAUGACACAUUUAGCAAAACAUUUCUGUUUGUGGGAGGUGUUUCAUAUCUGAACAUCAGAAAUCCUGGUAGAAGAGAUCACUGAAUGAGGGAGAUCUGGGUUUGUGUUUUCCUUGCUUGAUUUUAUGACUAAACAUUUCUCUGACAUGUUACUCUGCUAUUAUUUAAACCAGCUGAAGAUGAACUAAAUGUAUGUGUGUUCAGUUGUGCAUCAUGUGUGCAGCUUUAUAUUAUUAAAGGUUCCUUGAAGUGCUUUGGAA